AUGUCUUCAAUUGUUAUUCAAAAUAAGAGAAAGGAUUCCAUCCCUGUUGAAAAUAUCGAAGAAAAUGAACAAACAAAUAAAAAACAAAAAAAUAAUAAUAAAACAAUCGAAGCUUAUAUUGAGAUGAAACCUUUUAAACUUUCAAGUGAAGUUGAUAGAUAUGCGUAUGAAACAGCAUUUCCAGAAGCUAAAGAGAGAUUAAAUUUUAUGAGAAAUUUAUUAACAUAUUAUACAGCACAUGUUAAUAAACUUGAUAAUAUUGAAAAUUUAAUGCUAAAAAAGAGAAAACAUCAUCUUUAUUUUAAAGGAAAAGCUUUUAAAGAAAAGACUUUAAAGGGUCCUCAAGUUGGAGCUACAAUAGCUAUACAAAAUUUAAAGAAAUCUAUUAAAGAGCUAGAAAAUGAAUUAGAUUCGUAUUAUGUAUCAGAUAAUAAAUAA